AUGGCAUUAUAUACGAUAACUUACAUUUCAAAUAUCCCAACCUUUGGUCUUGUCACAAACGCUGAGGUUAUCUCAUCGCUCACUGACACUGAUGCCGAAAAGUUGACGGUAUCAUAUGUUCGUGAGGUCCAUGCCGGUCUGUACCAGUAUCUGAAGGAACGUGGGCUUCAAGGUGUUCCUAUUGCCCGUUUGACACAACCUGGGGUGCAUUUUGGCCUCGAUAUCUUUGGCACUUAUUACCAGUUUAUUUUGGCCAGCUUGGCCUCAACCUCUAGUUUCGACCCAUAUCAAGCGGGCAUAAGGCUAACAUAUCAGACCGCUUCUACCAACCAGAUGUUCAUAUCCGGGCUCGCCACCUUCAACCAAUUGAAAGCUCUUCGUGCCACUGCGAUUGUAGUCCAAAGGCCGAACACAUCAUAUAUCUGCGAAGGAUCGAAUUCUAGUCAGCUCCGGCCGCACUUCGAGAGCAAGAAAGCAAAGCUGCAUCCUCAAACAGCGACUUUGGGUGCUGGCACGCGUACUUCUCGUCCAGCACCACCGCGAGAUCUAUCAGCUCUAUAA